AUGCUCCCUCUCUCUACUCCUUUCAGCAACACCCACCCCCCUCCCUCUUUGCUGCUGCCUCGUUGGAAGUUAGUGCGUCUUCCCUGUCGCAGCAGCUCACAAAGAUGUGGGGGCCCCCAGGGGCCUCCAUUGGGGCUGGGGGGCCCCUACCGCUGCAGACACGGUUUGCUGCAGCAGCAGCAGCAACAGCAGCAACAGCAACAACAGCAGCAGCAGCAGCAUCACCCUGAGGGGAGCGGAGAGGGUGCCCCUGAUGUUGACGACUUUGUUAAGGUGCCAGCUUGUCUCACUUCUUCUUUGUCUCUCUUUCUAAUAUACCUCAAACUGCGAAAAUUUUACAGCACCACCAUCACACAAACUGAACUCCUCGCCCUCUGCAGCAUCGCUAAGGCGCAGCUGACUCUUCAUUGCAAAGAACGGGGGCCCCCUUCCCCUCCGUCUGUGGCAUAUAGAGGCCCUAGACACCACGAGGGGCCCCCGACCCCUUCUUCUGAAGCUCAGCAGUGCAGGGGGGCCCCUCCAGAGGGGCCCCCAACACAAGGGCCAACCCCACAGGGGCCCCCAACAGAGGGGCCCCCAACAGAGGGGCCCCCAACAGAGGGGCCAACCCCACAGGGGCCCCCAACAGGGGGGCCCCCAACAGGGGGGCUCCCAACAGACGGGCCCCCAACAGAGGGGCCCCCUGAUGGAGAAGGGCCCCCCAAUAAAGAGGGGCCCCCGUCAGCCUCUGAGAAACAGCACCCUCAGGGUGUGGGGCGGAGGAGUUUUCGAAUUGACCCCUUAGACAUUUGCCUUUUGCUGGCUUCCUUGAGGCUGCAAGUAAAGGAUUUAUCUCUGCUUGAGGGUUUAGAGACAGUAGCAGAGGAGACAGAGACAGCGUAUGAAAAGGAGAACCGGUGGUGGAAAUGGGCAGCCAUGCUGGGGCUGCGACGCAAGCGAGGAGACAUCUGGAAGUCUGCAGCAGCUAAGCUGCAGCAGCAGCUGCAGCAGCAGCAGCAGCAGCGGGCCAGUUCUCACAACCGCAUAGGGCGUCGCCGACGCAAGAAGCAUCUAGCAGCAGAGGGGCCCCCGUCUCCGCUUGUUGUUUUGGGGUCCCCUCGCAGUGCUGCAGCAGCAAACGGGCUCAAUGAAAAGGCAGCAGCUGCAGCAGCAGCAGCAACAGCAGCAGCAACAGCAGCAGCAACAGAUGCUGAUUUCACGCCUCCUCUGGGGCCUGGCAGUACGCAGCUAGAGCCCUGCGACGACACUGCAUGCACCGCUGAGGGCUCAGGGGGGGCCCCCACAGGGGGCCCCCUUAAGGGUCUGUUUGCAUCUAGCAAACGAUGGGGCCCCCGCAGUUCUUUAAGGGUCCCUGGGGCCCCUUCAUCUUUUGUUCGUUCGGAUGAUGCGGGAGGAGAGGCAGCAGCAGCAGGAGACGCACCAGCAGCAGAAACAGCAGCAGCAGAAGCAGCAGCAGCAGCAGUGAAGGGUCUCAGCAGCAAAAGCCUCGCGUUGCUGGGCCAUUCGUGUUCGUGGCUGUUGGGAGCGUCUAGCAGAGGGGCCCCCGCUGACUCUCGUGUGGGGGAGGGAAGGGGGGGCCCCAAGCAAUUGCUGGGAUCGGAUCCCAAGGGCGAUCACCCCACAAGUGCGUCUCCAGGGCUGCACCCCUGCAUAGAAGAAGACUGGAAGAGUGCUGUGGGGUUUCGAGAAGGCCGGAGAGAAGCGGGGGGAGGUGGGAGCAGCAGGAGACGCAGGGCCCAGAAGCAGCGGCAGCAGAGACUGUCUCCUUUAGAUCCUCCAUACGACGCGAACGCGCUGCUGCUGCACCCGUUUUCUGCUGCUGCUGCUGCUGCUCUCCCCGAUGCAGAGACAACUCGAGCAGCAGAAGUUCAUGAAGUAGCCCUUGACUUUCUAAACAGAACUAAAGAUACGCACGGCUGUCCCCAGUGUACCCGUAGCAAACAGAGAAGAGGAGACACAAGCAAUACAACAACCCCACCACCCUGUCCCCUCCACCAGAGACUGCAUUACACCAAAGUUGGAACAGGCCCCGAGAAGGUCAUUUUAAUCCACGGCAUUUGCAUGAGCAGCUACUUCUUUGCUGAUGUUAUUCGAGCCCUCUUCCCAGAAGCAGAAGAAAGGGGUGGGGGGCCCCUAGGGGGCCCCCUCGAAGGCCCCAUGGGGGGUCCCCUCGAAGGCCCCUUUGGGGGCCCCCUAGGGGGCCCCCGCGGGGGCCCCCAUGAAGAAGGAGAUGCAUACGAACGCAAGAGGUAUACCUUCUAUUGUGUUGAUCUCCUCGGCUAUGGGAAGAGCGCUGCUAUACCCUCAGCACACAACUACUCAAGGAGAGAACAGGCAAGCCCCGUCUCUGUCUUCUUUCUGUCUCUUUCACUUUAG